AUGUCAUCGGUAAAGUUAGAUAGUAUAUUAGAUAAGUUAGUGAAGAGUUCACCACCAGGAGAGUUAAAAGGAGUGAGUCAAGACUUGAAUACAUUAUUAUCGAAUCAAGCUAAUAGUUCAGUAAUUAAUAAAAGUAUUGAAAAUUAUAUAAAUGAAAAUGCCAGUGUAUUUUCAUCUAAAUUGAUUGCUUCAAAGUAUAAUAAACAAGAGAAUUCAACCAAGUACAUUGAUUACAUUGGGAAAAAAGCAUUCAAUAUUGAUUUAAGUAAACAAACUGCCAUUGAUUUCGAAGAUAUUGAAACAUCUGAAAUCGAAUAUCCAACUUAUUUUGAUAAAUUGAAUGAAAAAUUGAUGGUUUAUGGAGAAGACCAUUAUCCAUCGAGUUACGCAUUUACGAUUAUACCUAAAGAACAAGAAGAAGUUCAUGUGAUUAUAAUUGGACAAAGAUUAAAUAAUGAUAAUUUCUAUACUGGACAAUGGAAAUCACAUUAUAUUUUGAAAAAUGGAGAAAUAAGUGGGAACAUUAAGUUAGAUAUUCACUACUAUGAAGACGGUAACGUACGUCUUUCAUUUGAUGAACCAAUUGAAUCAACAAAAAUUUCAAAAAAUGAAAGUGAUAUUGUUAAUUUCAUUAAUAAUUCGGAAAAUCAAAUUACCAUUAAAAUUGUUGAAAAUUUCAACGAUUUGAAUCAAAAAUAUUUUAAGAAUUUAAGAAGAUUAUUGCCAGUUACUAAAUCCAAAAUUAAUUGGGGUAAUGCUAUUGGAAAUUACAGAUUAGGUUCCGAUGUUGUCAAUAAACAAUAG